AUGUUGUACGAGAGUUGUUGUCAUAUAUUAUGGCGAAGAUGGCUCAUUCAUUGUUACAGAUCGUUUACAUCAAGGCAGUUGGUCUAUGAAGAAUAUGGCGAUCCUUCAAAAGUGUUAAAAUUAAGAAAUAUUGACAUUAGCGAUGAACUUAAACCGAAAGAAGUAAAGAUUAGUUGGAAAGGUUCGCCGAUUAAUCCCGCAGAUAUUAAUCAAAUUCAGGGCGUCUAUCCUGUAAAACCCGAUCUUCCGGCUGUUGCUGGUAAUGAAGGAUUUAUCGGCACAGAAGUUACUUAUUUAUCUCCUGGUGAUCACGUUGUAGCUUUACGUUCAGGGCUUGGUUCUUGGCAGACUCAUUCUGUGCACCAUGAGGACGAUUUGUUCAAAAUCGAUAAAAAUUUACCUUUUGAAGCUGCUGCUACUAUUAAGGUUAAUCCACCGACUGCGUAUCGAAUGCUAAAAGAUUUCGUUGAUUUACGACCUGAUGAAACCAUUAUUCAGAAUGGCGCGAAUUCUGCGGUUGGCAAAGCUGUGAUUCAACUUGCCAAAGCAGUAAAUGUGCACACGAUAAAUAUCGUUCGUAACAGGCAAAAUUUGGAUGAGCUCGUGGAUGAAUUAAAAUCACUGGGUGCUGAUGAAGUUUAUACUGAAAAGCUAAUAUUUUGUUUUUUAUUUUAUGCACAAAAAGUUAGAUUGGCUUUAAAUUGUAUUGGUGGACGCUCUACUUCGUUACUUUCACAAGCACUUAGCAAAGGUGGUGUUAUGGUGACGUAUGGUGGAAUGAGUAAGCAAGCUUUAAUGGUCAGUCAGUUUAUUGAUAUCAGUUUACGUGGGUUUUGGAUGACUCGUUGGUAUAUUCAACAAGAAAAUAAGGAAGUAUAUAUAUAUUAUAUUAUGUAUUUAAACCAUGUAUCACUCACUAAAAAAUAA